GUGUAAGAAGAUACUGACUGAAUUGUCAUUUUUGGGUGAACUUAACCUUUAAUGUAUAUGACAUAGUUACAUCAUACUGUGUACAUAUUCAUACAUGUAUAGGCUACAUUACUAGAGGAAAUGUACCUAAUUACAUCCCAUCACUCUACUGUUCUUGUUGUUUUUAAAUAAAGGUUUUUGUUAUAAAAUAUACUUUUGUCAAAGUAACACGUUGCUCAGAAAAUAAAAUUACAUGAGCUAUAAGACAAAGGGAGUCAAGCUAAAGUACAUUACUAAAGUAAAAGCACCUUGUUACAUUCCAACAGUGUACUGUUGUUGUUGUUUUUGAAUUUUGUUUUUUCUUAAGAAAUAUACAUCUGUCAUUGUAACAUCUUUCUCAUGAAAUAGAAUAAAAUCAUCAUAUAGGACAGUUUUUAUGUGACCUGCAGUCAGUAAACAGGCCACCUUCUCUAAGACAUUUCCAAAAAAGUCUCAGACGUCACAGCUGCGUGCGCGUUCGCGACCCAUUUAUAAACCGCUGCGUCUCUCUGACGUCACCGCCCUCCGCUAACAGAAAUCCCUGAUAACGCGACGCGCGCCCCCGCUCACACCUCUGAAUGGGGGCUCAGCUCCUGACAGCCAGUCCAGUAGUAGCUCUAAUCGUAGACGCCGCGGUCCUGCUCGUCCAGUCUGGUCCGCUGUUUUUCCACACACACGCACACACACAUACACACACACACACACCGGUAGUCAACGGCUCUGCUCCUCCGGUACCACACGGUCAUUUCUUCAGGUAGUCUGACCGCGCACUGACAGUCCAACUAGUUCGGUUAGUGUACUGACUCUUCUCUUCUUCAGCCCGGCAAGUUAGUGUUCUGACGGGCGGAGCUGUCUCUGUCUGUCCAGGAAUGAGAAAUGAUGGCCGGCUCUGCAGCAGAGGAGAAAACCUUCCGACGGUUCCUGGAGCUCUUUCUUCGGGAGAUGAGAAUGCCUCUGCAGGAGAGCGACCCGGUGCCGAUGCGCCCCUUGUCGGACCUGGUGACUGAGGACGAGGUGGAGGGGGAAUGCCUCGACCUGUGUCUCCAACACCUCUACAAAUAUAACUGUCCAUGCUCCCUGGCUGCAGCCCUGGCCAGAGCCACAGCAGACAGCCUCCUGCAGACUGACCUCACCAUCCACCACCUCAAUAAGACUGUCGAAGAUGGAGCUGACCCAUUACCACAGAUGGAGUCCGUGAAGCUGGCCCGGUUGGUGUUUAAUAGACUGUUUGAGAUGUGCUGCCUCUGGAUGAAGGAGCUGCCCUUUCGCCGUCGGCCACAGCCGUACUACGAAACUUCCAUCCACGCCAUCAAGAACAUGAGGCGCAAGAUGGAGGACAAGCACGUCAUCAUCCCCGACUUCAACACACUCUUCAAUGUUCAGGAUCAGGAAGAGCAGGCGUACUUUGCCGUGUUUGACGGUCAUGGCGGCGUGGACGCUGCCAUUUAUGCUGCCAACCACCUCCACGUCAACUUAGUUCACCAGGAAUCAUUCAACCAGGACCCAAGCGAGGCGCUCUGCAAAGCCUUCAAAGUCACUGAUGAGGGCUUCGUGAAGAAGGCAAAACGGGAGCACCUGCGGUGUGGCACGACAGGCGUGGUGACGUUCCUGCGGGGUCGGACAUUGUACGUGGCCUGGCUGGGAGACUCCCAGGUGAUUCUGGUCAGGAGAGGACAGGUUGUGGAGCUGAUGAAGCCACAUAAACCAGACAGAGAGGAUGAGAAGCAGAGGAUCGAGGCCCUGGGAGGCUGUGUGAUCUGGUUUGGCACAUGGAGGGUUAAUGGCAGUUUGUCUGUAUCCAGAGCAAUAGGUGACUCAGAGCAUAAGCCCUACAUCUGUGGCGAUGCAGACCAUGCAGUCUUCCCAUUGGACGGAACAGAAGACUACCUGAUUCUGGCCUGUGAUGGCUUCUGGGACACAGUAGGUCCGGAUGAGGCAGUGCGAGUUGUUAGCGACCACCUCCAGGAGAACACUGGAGACACCACCAUGGUAGCCCACAAGCUGGUGGCCUCAGCCCGUGACGCGGGCUCUAGUGAUAAUAUCACUGUCAUAGUCGUCUUCUUGCGGGACCCACGCUCCCCACCGCCCAACAGCACAGAGGAGGACGAGGAGGGUGUGGUGGAGGGAGAGGUUGAGGAAGAGGAGGUAGCGGAGGUGGAGGAGGAAGAGGAACAGCAAGAAGAGGAGGACGAGGAGGAAGAUGAGUCAGUCAGGGUAGAGCGAGAUGGUGGCGAGGGAGGCAGCACUGCGGACAUAGGGGGUAAGAGUCGUGGAGGCUGGCCCCUGCAACAGUGCUCAGCCCCCGCUGAUCUCAGCUACGAAGACCGAACGGACUCAUUGACGGACAGAACUAGCCUCAGCCUACUGGGGCCUUCGCUGGAGGGGCGUAUCUCUCUGACCCAGGGCUCAUGGCUGCCCCGCUCCGACUUUGGCCCUGACCUCUUCACAACCUCCCACAUUUAUCGAGAAGAACGCCGUCUGAGGCGCAGGUCCCAUAUCCCCUUUCAGGAGCCCAGCAUCUCUAGCUUCACGGACCCACUGUGGCCCCAGACAGCCAUGCUGUUAGGCCAGGCAGUGAGCCGAAGCCGCAGGCUUGGUUAUGGUAGUCGCCGGUGGAGCCGAAGGUGGCCGGGCACAUCCAAGCAGCUGCUAGGCCUGAUGCCCUCUGGCCACUUGUUGCCACACAUGGAGAGCCACUCCAACCGGAGGCCUGGAGUGGCAGUGCCUCAUCUGCCCCAUGAUACGACCAUCUGAAGAGAUGACCCAAACCAAACCACCCCCUGCAUUUAUUCAGUCCUGCUCCCUGCCCCUAAACACAACCACCAACCUACCCACCCAUCUUUGCCUUCAACAACAUGUCUUUCUUUGAUAGUAGGUAGUCGUGGCUCCUGCAGUCGUUGCGUGAUUAUUGAAUCUCUGUCGGAGGAGUGGUGCUCUCUGUCCUAAGCCGAAAUGUUUCCACAUGUAAGCUGGCCCAGUAAACACAAGCCCUGCUCCUUAAUUCUGUAGGUAAAGCUCAAAACUGUAUCCUCUACAUAGCGACCAUUGAUCAGUCAACAUGCAGCCAGAGCUGAAAAUACAGGUUGAUAAGAUAUGGUCAGACUGAAUGUGAAAUGGAUCUUAGGGAUAACGAGGGAGAGGGUUUCAGGUCAAUUUUAAAAUCAGUGUGUCAAUAGCUUGCACUUUGUCUGCUUUGGACUACAAAAAGCUCCUCAGUGGGGUUGACUUGCAUUCAGUCUAAACACUUGUUUAAGUUAAAUUCAUAUGCUUUGCCGCUCAACACUCUCAACAGUGUCUUGAGACAAAAAUGAUGUGUUUUGGACAGGAAAUAACAGCAAUGUAGGUGUAAAGUCUUCAUUACGGAAGAGAGAAAAAUUUACACUACUUGGCCAAAAGCAGUGGCCAUCCUGUUACUUCCCAGAUAAUAUAUAAACCCCUGUCAAGUAAUAUUUGUAAGGAUUAUAUUAGCCAAACAAAUUGUCAUGCCAAUUAAUCAGGUCAUGUUCUAGUUGAACAAAGUUGAACUGGUUCUACAAAGUUCAAAAGUUCAUUUUUAGUGUCACGGUAGCAUUAAGAUUCCACUUCAUCUGAACUAAAGGGCCCAGACAAAACCUUGAAAAACAUUACCUCCACUAACAUUUUUCUACAUACAUGCUAAGUGAAAGAGGUUGACUCAGCCUCAUCAUUUUCUUUCCAUUUCUUAAAUACUGUGUGUAGAUGCAGGUUCAGGUGACAUAUCAUCUUUUGUCUCGCUGUCGAGGACGUUGAGCAACCGAGCGUUAGAUCAAGCUUUAAUGGCCUAGCUUGAGCCUUUGUCCCCCUCAGCAAUCCUUUCGGUGGCAGAUGAAUAAAGUUCACAGCGGAGGCAGGAACAAUUGUCGCUCCAGGUCUCUGGGACUGAAGGCACAUGCUGUUCUUCCCCCUCCCAUACAGUCAGUGACCCAGCCAUUAUACAGCCACAAUUUGUCUCCAGAUAAAAGCACUUAACACUGGAUUAUAAAAGAUUAGCAGUCACUUACCUGAAUAAAUACUUCAUGUAGUCCGGUAUUCCAGAUGGGGAGAUACUCCUGGGAUAACGCUGUUUUUUUUUUUGUUUUGUUUUGUUUGGGGGGUGAUUUAAACAAUGUAUUUAUUUUUUGUUGGGUUGUAGUUGUUGGUGGGCCACAUAGCUAUUGAUGUGUUUUCUCUUGAAUCCCAUUGAACAGAAGUAUUUUCCAGCUCGCUUGAUAAGUGCAAACCAUUUAAUGUCGGGCCAGGAUAGUUGAAAGCUGCAGAACACGUGCCUUCCAUGUGUGUAUUACAUUAAUUAUUUACUAAGUUCAUGUGGUGAUAUCACCAUUAAGAAACCAGUCUGACUUUUACUUUCAGUCGGGUCAUAUGGAGUGCUGCAGGGAUGAUGUAUUUUUGGAGGCUAACACGGAAGUUAGCACCACCCUGGUUCCCUUGACAAAAAGGCUAUGGGAUUUUUAAAUUUGGUUUUGGAUUAUUGCCGAAACACAUUUUUUUCAGCAUGAUAAUAAUAGCUUUCAGAUAUCUGAAGCGUAAAUAUGAUUGCCUGCAGAAGAAAAAAGCUAACACCAUUUAGGCACUUGUAAGAAACAGACAUGUAAAUGUUUUAAAACUCAAAUGUGGGGUAUUAACUUUUGUAUUUUAUGUCAUAGAUCAAAUCGUUCAAAUUUAUCUUAAGCUUGUGUCAACCACAGACCUUAUUUCAGGCAGUCAACCCGAAACCCAUCAAAAAAAACAAAAAAACAAAAAAAACAGACUUCCAGAUGAGGGUACCAGAAGUGUAAAAAUGCCUACCUUUUUCCCUGCAGCACUCUCUUGUGACAUAUUAUGUGCCACUAUAAAGCAAUAGUUCGACAUUUUCUCAAGUUUCUUUGCUUUACGGAGAGUUGAUGAUAAGAUUAAUACCACCAUCAUGUCUGUAAACUGUAAAAUGAAGCUAUAGCCAGCAACCGAUAAGCCUAGCGUAGCAUAAAGACUGGAGCGGGGGGUUAGGGGCAGCUAGCUUGGCUCUGUCCAAAGUUAAAACAGUUUAGCUUUGGACUUUGUCAUACAGCAGGUUGUUUUUGGCGAGUAAGACUUGCAGGAGGCUGCUAGUUUAGUUCUGUCCAAAAGUAAAAAGGGAAAAAAAUCUGCCAACAGUUUAGGGUUAGUACUUUACUGGUUGGCUUUGGAUUUAACAAACAAAAUAUACUGUGUUCAUUAUGACCUUUAUGCUAAGUUAAGCUUAGCUAAGGUAACUGGCUGAAGACAGUACAUUAGCUUCAUAUUCAUCAUACAGACAUGAGAGUGUUACAAAACUUUUCAUGAAGAAAGCGAGUUUUUGAUUUAUAGUCCUUCAGAUAACAUGAUGAAGAGAAUCUGCACAUUUGUGUGCCUCAGUAGCUUGAGGUAAGAUAGUUUCCGAUCUUUGAAUAAAGUCUGAUGAUAACAGCCCCUCUGCAACAUUAUAGUCUUCAUUACCAACAGCUACGCUGAUAGCUCCCACUGCCGGUGUAAUGCACUGAGGCUGGCUCCCAUGGCCCCAUAACACCUUCAUAAUUGGAUCUUUUCUCUGAUCUGAUCUAGAUUUCUCAAUGGAGUGACCCCUCUCUGCUGCUGACAGUGCUGCACUUUAGUUAUGUUAGCAAGUCAUAUGAAUGUUCAAACUCCAUCUACAUUCAUUGUUUUCAUAUAUCUAACACCAAAUAUGGUAGGUAGUCAAUUCUGUAGUUCCUAAUUAAUGAUAAUUCAUAAUUGUAAUUAACAAACGACUAUUUAAUCAUUAAAUAUUAAUCCUGCUUAUAUAUACAAGAAAAUACAUUAGCACCCAGUUAACUUGAUGGGACCAUAAUGUGGAAAGACUGUGCUUCAAAACUGUGCAACUUUCUUUCAAAUACACUUGUAUCUAACCAAACUUGCUGAUUGUGAACUAACCAUAUCAAACAAUAUGAAAUCAUAGGUUUGCCCUGACUCACAUUACCCCCAAAAGUCAAACAUCUUUCAUUUAACCUUUUAAAAUAGUAAAGAAUUACCCUAUCAACACACUUGAACUACUUUGGUUGCCUCUUUCUGCUACAUAUUUAAUUUGCCUUGGCACUAAAUGACUGUUAUCUAAGCCCCGCCCCACUCAGUUUUGCUGUUUGUACACAGUUUUUCAUUCAAUUCAAUAAUCAUUCAAUAAUUUCGUUCUGACGUGACCCAGCCUGGCUGCUUAACUUAGCUAGCUUGAUCAGAAAUUUUCAUGUCAGGUUUUAUGUUGCAAAGGAAAAGGAUUAAGGAUGAGGACAAACUGAUAAAACUGGUUUAGGUUAAAAGAAAAGAAAAAGUGGAGACCUUGAUGUAAAUCAGAGCAUGAUAUUAGCAGCUAACAUUAAAUUUAGCAGCUGACGUUAAACUUAUCAUUAGCAGCUAACAUUGAUCUUAAUGUUAGCAGCUGUAUCGGAUGCUAGAAGUACUAGCUCCCACACAGUAGCUUUACGGUAGAUGACCCUUUCUUGAAUGGUACCUUUUCUAACUAACCUGUGCCCCUACAAAAUAACGCAGAUAGCUCAUGGUUGGCUUUGGAAGUAAAGCUGCAUCAGCGGUAUUAUCAAAGAUAGUAGGCUGAUUUGCUAGUUAGAGCACACACAUGCAAAUUACAAUAGAUUCAUAACACUUUGGAAAGACUAUAAAACAAAACAAAACCAACCAUACGCCAAGUGUCACUCUUAUUACAGCCACAUGGACCGUGAUUUGAUGGCCAUGUGGCUGUUGGGGUUGGGGUUUAACUAAUAGUUAUUUGGAUACAUCAGUUAUCAUUACCUAACAAUCCCAACAUCAUUCCCCAUUGUUUAGUCAAUGCAGUGAAUUUAAAAAUGUCAGGAUGUUAGAGAAACAAUCUACAGAAUUUGGUUCUUUACGCUCUUCCUGGUUCAGUCACUGGCUGAUGAAAACCGAUGAUUCAUCAGACAAUAUCUUCAACACCGAGGGCCAUGACCCCCCCAUUUUUGGUCUUUUUUUUUUUUCUUUUGGUAGAUGGGGACUCACGUUUAAUUGAGUGCUCCAUUUUUUAAUUUCACUCUCCUUACGCCAUCCCGUGGACUGACUAGUGAAGAGUAUCAGACUGUCAGUGGAGCAGAAUGUACCUCCAAGAACGUCCUCAGAGACUCGAAGUGAAGUGGGUCAACAUGAGGUGCUGUUUCUUUGGGAGAUUCUUCUUUCUGGGGGCUAUCUAUCUAUCUAUCUAUCUAUCUAUCUAUCUAUCUAUCUAUCUAUCUAUCUAUCUAUCUAUCUAUCUAUCUAUCUAUCUAUCUAUCUAUCUAUCUAUCUAUCUAUCUAUCUAUCUAUCUAUCAGGAAUGUAGUGUCGAGACACUCAACAAACUGAAGCCACUGGAUCCCUUUGUGGAAGUAUCACUACAGUCUCCAGAAACGUUCGUCGAUCCCCAAACAAGAUGGGUGAAGAAACGGAAAAAUGAUGGAAAUCACGUUCAUUUUAAAAAUUCACUAAGGCACAGAUGCGUGUGUAUAGUAUAAGUACUAAUUGUGAGUUGAGUAAGUGCUGGAGGUGUGUACAUACAAUAAUUCUGUCUUGUAAAUCAGUGGUUUUAAUCCAUGCUUCACGAGGCCCCGCUGUUCGGUUACUGUCCCAAAUCUCCCACCACCAGACGAAGGUGGAGGUCAGGAUGUGGUGUUACUGAAGUGCUUGAGAGCCAACACUUGAUAAUCCCUGCCUCUGCCUUCAAAAGCCACCAAAGUAUAAAGGUGUUGAACCAGUCUGGCUGUCACUGGAGAGUUGUCGUGUCCUAUCAUGGCCUAGUUGCUGUUUCACUCUGCUUUCUAACCCUGACAAGAAUACAAAUCCAGGGAAAACGUACAUUAAGAUCUUAAUUAUCGGCUUAAAAUACUUUAUCUCCAAUCUGCAGCUUGGAUAUAAAAUGUUUAUCAGUGCCAGCCUUAAAAAACAUAUCUUGCCAAUCAGAUUAUAUCAGUGGUUCAUAGGUUUUCAUUCCAAUUCUGCAGGUGUUAGAUGAUUAGCAUGGUGUUGAUUAAAGGUGAGGAACACCUGAGUGAACUGAGCUGCUGUGGUGUUUCGGUAAAACGGUGUUUGGACCUCACUUAGAGCCACUGUGUUGUGUACCUCUUAGAUAACAGAUUUGAUCUUUUACAGGGUCACACAGGGCAGUAAACUCAGGACUGCAACAGUGAGACAGAUUCUCUCAGGGUCUUGUUAUAAUGACAAAGUUUUUUCAGUCGAAAUAAAAAAAACAUCUUUAGACCUUAAUCCCUGUAGAUCUUUUCCCAUGGCGCGGUGGUGCUCACACGCUCGUAAUGACAAUGCUGAAGUUAAGCAGACACAUAAUGUUUACCAUUGUCACCCUCUUUGCCCCUUUUUCAAGGCACCAACGCUGGACCAUUGUUUGUUUAUUUAUUUAUUUAUUUAUUUAUUUAUUUAACCUUUAGCAGUAACUGAGCCAAACUGAUAUACGUGUAAAAUAAGAUGAGCUGGCUGGACUGGAGCCACUGACACUGUGGUGUUAUUCGACAGGUAAUAACGCGUCUUUGUAUGGCACUAUUGUGCCUUUAGGUUAACGCACAAACAUAUUAACAUUUGCUAACAAGGAUGAAACAUUAGGUAGAGUUGAGGCUGGUCGGAAUGUCAUUAGUUAUGGGCAAUUUCUGACCCGAUGACGUUGGUACAAGUCAUCUUUAGAAAUCCGAAACUUGACUCAAACCCACGCUAAAGGAAAAAAAAUUAGGGGGUCCCCAAAGUGACUCAUCCUGUAUUGGAGAUGAUGUAGUUGGGACCAGAGUGUUGGACCAACCGACAUGGGACUAACCCGUCUCCAGAGCCUACUGCUUUGGGAACACUGAACACAACCUUUCUCAGUCAGUUUUGUUUUGUCUUACAACGAGAUGCUUCGUCGUUAUAACAAGAUCUUUUCUGUGUGUCUCUGUUCAGACUGUAGCAUGGUGUACUUGUGGCCACGCCUCAGAGCAGCUGUGCAGUGCAGCAGUAGUUGUCUUUCUCCUGUGAUGUUGAUUGAAACUGUUUUUAAAAAAAAAAAAAAAUCACUGGUGUAGUUUCACUGCAGGUGUUGAGUGUUUUGAUGCGCAGCUCGGCACACUUUGGAGGGAGAGACGUAUCACAACUGCAUUCAGUGACGACGAUCAAUUGGUUGCGUUCACCAGAACCCUAUGAAUCAUACAGUGUUACUCACCAUACUGCAGAUUAAGUUAUCACUGUAUGAGCAAUAAGAACAUUUACCAUGAUUCCUUGUGGUAAAUCCUCUACUUAUGUUCGAGAAGCCCACACUUCCUCCCCACUCGUGCUCUGCUUGCACUAAAGGUUCCUCUGAGUCGGAUGUUUCCCUCCUCUAACGAUGAAAGCAAGCAGAAGUUCAGCUCUGCUCUCCCAUAAUCACUGUCUAAUGAUAGGGCCCUCCAUGAAUCAGCACUGUGUGUCUAUGUACACAAAAAAAAGCUUUUUCUUUUUCUCUGUAAGCAAUAAUGACGUUGCAUUAAAAGGCUCUCUGAGGGUUUGUCUUCUGCUGAAGGGUGCAACAAAAUAGUAGUUCUGUCAGCCAUACUUGAAAGGUCACGGAGCAUAAACGCUGAGUUCCUGAAGUCAAUUUCUCAUUCAUUUUUCCCCUUAGAGAAUAGGAUUAUGAGUCAUAAUUUGCUGCCUCACUUAACACACUCCUACACCUCCUGUAAGACGUCCGCAGCCGGCUAGUUUUGAGUUCAAGUGCUUAAGUUAAAUGAGAUGCAUGUCCAUGGAAAAAUGACUGUGAAGUUUUCUUCUUUAAAAAAAAAAAAAAAAAAGUUGAUAAAGGAGGCAGGACAUUUCUGUUGUAUAGGCAUUCCUCAGCAGUUUGCGUACAGUUGAAUGGGGGGGGAGGGUAAGAUCUUUGAGGGCUGUGAUUGGUCCAUAACCAGCAGCCCUGUACUUCUUGUCCUCCAGGCUUGAAGACAAACCCCAUGAUUGGCUCUUCUUCAACAUGCAGGUUAGGUUAAAAAAAUGAUAAAAAAAACAGUAAAACACAUGUUGAGUACCUGUAUUAUCUAUGUUCCUGUAGUAUAUAAAUAUGUGUAUUGUAACUGGUGACUAAUUAUCAUGUAUAUAAAGAUUAGAUCAAGUA